AUGUACGACUCGGCUCCCCCUCUCGACCUCCAAUACAUCAAGUCGCAGCAUCUCCCUCGGCGCUACGAUUCAGAAGAAGAGGAGAUCUCCGAGUCCGAGCUGGGCGGACAGGAAAACGCCUUCUCGCCCGUCGAGUCCUACAAAGCGCCCGGGACAUGCGAUUCGGACACCAGUACCGAUGAGCUGUCCAACGCAGAGGACGAAAGAGCCGCUCACUUUGCCCGUCUACUGCCGCCAUAUUCGUCGGCCGGCUUGGGUUCGCGCCCCGUGUCCAUGGAUACCGUCAAACGCAGCAGCGGCACGACCUUUGUGGCCGAUUCUUACAUCUUCGAUCAUGAUGACGAUGUCAUCAUCGAGCUGCCCUCGCCAGACGCAACCUCCCCCAUGACUUCCCCAACCUUCCUGCAACCGACGGUCUAUGUGCCCCCGGAAUCGCCUGUCUCCAUGCGGCCGUCGUCGUCCCGAUCGUCUUCCCCGACCUCCAUGCUGUCCGACGACGACACCGACGUGCUCGUCGCCGAGCAGGUCACCUUCGUCAAGCCGCGCCCCAAACCAAGCCUCAUCCUCAUCAGCCCAGCCCCCGAGCAGUCGGCGUUCCCCUUCAAACCCGCCUCCCCGGCGCAGACGACGUUGCAGGAGAACGACCUGCACGGGGCCGGCUCGUCGGACGCACAGCCCGUCUACUCGCUCACGCAGGCCGCACAGUCGCAGCCCGCCCUGGGCGACUUCCAGCGGACUCCCCGCUCCAAGACGGACGCCGCAAAGCGCGGCAGCCUACAGCUGUCUCUCCGCGGUCAUGAUGGGCAGCCCAUAGGCCCCGGGGCCGCCACCGCAGCCGCCGCUCCCUCAAACCCGCUGGCAUCGCUGGCCGAGGUGCCGGAGCAGACGACACGUCCGAUGUCCGUCCGCUCGCAAUCCAUCUCGUUUUCUCGCCCCAAGACCGCCUUCUCAGAGAAGAGUGCGUCGGGGCGGUCUCGCCUGCCGACAGCGGCGGGCAGCAUGCGUCGGCCGCCCUCGCUGCAAAGCCUCAGCAGCGUCUUCCACUCUCGCCAUGCGUCGCUUUCCCCCCACGACGACCCGCACGCCCGAACCCUCCCUUACAGCCACUCGAACGCCAGCUCCGAGUACUCGGUGCCGUCGCCGACCACCACCAGCCUGCGGGCGUCGCCCGCCCCCAGCCCGACGACGUACUACAGCGCGCCGAAUUUCACGCGCGACCGGUCUGGCUCGUCGUACAGCACGUCCAGCCGCUCGCCGCUGCCGAUCCGGAACUCGAUCAUGAAGAGCUCGACGGCAUCGAGCCUGUACUCGGGCAGCAGUCUGCGGUCUGAGGUGGAGAGCGUGCGCAGCCUGGACCCGAGCGACGUGGCCGAGACGGAACCCAAGCCGCAUAGCCGCCGCAAGAAGAGCAUGAGGAGUAACAAGCUCAGCAAGACUGACGGCAGUGAGCCGUCGUCGGCGAAGAGCUUCAUGGGGUUCAUGUUUCGGGGCAAGCGGAGGUCGACCAUCAACACUCUUAAUGCUUAA